UUUGUCCUGACCAUAAUACUUCCACAAGAAUUACAAGCAACAGGAUGUAUAUGAUCGGAAGCGAGGCCUUAGCGAAGCACCUUUUCCGGUAAAUAUUCAUUUGACAACAAGUAACGUUCAACAUGUUAGCGAAAUUGUCAUUUACCAGACCAAGAUCGGCUACUGCGUCUUGGAUUUUCAAAAGUUACAGGUUUUCUAGUCAAGAUCUAGUAGCACACGUGAAGUAUCCGGCAGUGCAAGGUAUAAGACUGUUUAACACUUCUCGUGCACCAGGAAAUCAGAAACAGAGCAAGAAUGAAGGAAAUUUGAAGAAAGCUAAAACAGGAGUAAUGUUGGUCAAUAUGGGUGGGCCUAGUACAUUGGAUGAAGUUCGUGAUUUUUUGUUUCGUUUGUUUUCUGAUAAAGACCUCAUACCACUUCCAGCUCAAAGUCGUCUGGCACCAUUUAUAGCUAAACGAAGAACACCACGGAUACAAGAGCAAUAUGGUAAAAUUGGAGGAGGAUCACCUAUAAGGAAAUGGACUGAGAAACAAGGAGAUGAAAUGGUGGAAAUUCUUGAUGAAAUAAGUCCUAAAACCGCUCCACAUAAAUAUUACAUUGGAUUUCGAUAUGCUAAUCCACUUACAGAAGAUACUUUGGAGGAAAUUGAAAAGGAUGGCUUGGAUAGAGUGGUUGCAUUCACUCAGUAUCCUCAAUAUUCGUGCUCAACAACUGGAAGUAGUUUAAAUGCAAUAUACCGUUUUUACAAGAAAAGAAAUUUGGAUUCCAAUGUGAAGUGGAGUGUCAUUGAUAGAUGGCCAACACACCCAGGUCUUGUAGAGGCAUUUGCAGAAAACAUAAAAAUAGAGCUGGAAAAGUUUCCAGAAGCUGUGAGAGAUGAAGUUGUGAUUCUUUUCUCUGCUCAUUCUUUACCAAUGAAGGUUGUGAACAGAGGGGAUCCUUAUCCUGGUGAAGUUGCAGCAACUGUCCAUAAUGUUAUGCAAAAAAUACAUUUUAGUAACCCAUAUAGACUUGUUUGGCAAUCUAAGGUGGGUCCUCUUCCAUGGCUAGGACCAUCAACAGAGGAAGCUAUUGAGGGUCUGUGUAAGAAUGGUCAAAAACAUAUGCUGCUUGUUCCAAUUGCAUUUACGUCAGAUCACAUUGAGACACUUUAUGAAUUAGAUAUUGAAUAUAUGGAAGAAACUGCACAAAAAGCUGGAGUGGAAAUGAUCAGACGCGCUGCAAGUCUCAACGAUAAUCCAAUAUUUAUUAAGGCUAUGGCCGACAUUGUAAAAGCUCAUUUAGAAUCGAAUGAUGUAUGCUCAACUCAACUACCAUUACGAUGUCCCAUGUGCGUGAACAUUACAUGCAAAGAAGCGAAGGAAUUUUUUAGGAAUCAAAAAAUUCAGUGACCAUCGCUGUGAAGUCUGGUAAACAAUUCAAUUAUACCCAGGAUGAAUUUGGGGUGAUGUUACUUGAAAGAGUUUAGAAUUCUGUCUAAUCCUUUAGAGGUUUCCAUUUCAGACUCCUCGUACCGAGGAUGUAAAUGCGUGUAAAGAAAAACAAUGAACAUAG